CUGUUCCCGAAAUUCCAUCAAGUGGAAAUCUGUUGUUGAUAUUUGCAAAAUUGUCCAGUGUUUCAUUGGGAAUGCCUUAUUAUUUACUCUUUUGAAUGACGACAUGGGAUAACCUGUAUGACACAAAUAUAUAUAUUGUUUUCUUCCUUAUAGGCAAGUAUAAGAAAGUGUCAGAAUGCCAGCACAUGAUGAAACCUCAGAAUCUGCCCAGCCAACAAAAGUAUAUCUUCUGGACAUGAAAGAUAUUUUAACACUAAACUCUAAGAGAGAAGAAAAAAGACAUUUAUCAGACAUUGUGGAUACUCUUAGCAUACCCCAAGCUUUAAAUGGAGUUUCUAAUUACAAAUCUUGUGAUAUAGACAGAAAUACUGAGACUGGAACUCAAGUCUUCAAAAAUAGUAAUAGUGAUGUUUCACUUGCAAAAUUUUCCAAUUAUGAUGAAUGCUGUAAAGACAGUUCUGUUGUUUCUAGCAAAUUUGUGAAUUUAAAAAUAACAGAUUCUUUUACAAGUGAAUCUUCAAAAUGCAAUCAGUCUGCUCAGUUUAGAAAAUAUUCCAAGAAAAGCAUUUCAGAAUUAAAUUCGUAUUCAUUGAAAGAAUUACAAAUUCUGUUUGAAGAUUUAACACGCACUGUUGAAGCAGUGUCAGGAGAGCUUGUGCAGUUGCUGUUGGAAAAUGAUGCACUUCAGCAAGAGAGUGAUGCUCGAAAUAUUGCUAUCGAACAACUUCUACAGCUGGCUGUCAGAAAUACUGAAAAUGAACUUAGACCUAUUCAGAUGUCAGUAAUUUUACCUGCAGAUGAAAGCGAUGCCAUUUAGAAUUUUCGCUUUUCUAUACAUACAAGAGCUUUAAUUAAUUUUGAAAAGAAUUUUAAAGCAUAUUUUAAUAUGCUUCAUAUUUUCUGGCAGCUGGUAGGGGAAAUAUGUGUUCAUAAAAAUGCACUAGCACUAUUUUAUAAUACUUAAUUUUAAUGUUUUUAAAGUGUUUUGAUCUCUUAAUGUAGCAUUUGCUUUUCUCUUUUCUACUUUAUAUCUGCACUCAUAAUAUCUGAACAAUUAUUUUCAACGUUCAAGUUACUUUAAUAUUUGUAGAAUUGGCAGUACAGUAGCUUUUGACUGUAGUAUAAAAAUUUUUAGUGUGUCUGAAACAUUUUGGAAUAUUGAACAAUUAUUUUUUAUUUUAUUCUAUUUGUGUGAAAACUGAUGGAGAGUUGUGUGAAAGCUGAUUUUAAAUAUUUAAAAAGCUUUCUCAUUUUAAAAAUUUGAUUUUAGGUUUUUUUUUAAUGGAUUUUUUUUUUUUAAUAUUAUUGAUAUUUACUGUGAAUAUAGGAUAAAGUUAUUGCACAAUUUGUGAAAAACAUUUUUUUUUUUAAGUCUGAAAAUUAAUAUUUUUUUUCCUAAUGUAUUUGAAAGUUAGAAUCCAAAUUAAUAAAUGAUCACUCUAAGUAACCUGAAUAAUUUUCUUAAAUUAUUGCUAUGAUAUCCCACAUUAGCAAAAAUUUAGGCAUAAAAAAUAUCAGGAACUGAAUUUUUUAAAGAUCAUUACAAUUAAUAAUGAUAAUUAAUAUUCGGAAUCUUUAAAUAUUUGUUGUAAAUUUUUUAAU